GACUGGGGGUGUUUCACAGCCAGCUUUGACUGUCACUCUACUGCAGCACAGAGAGUAGAGAGGAGCGGUUCUGCUUUUGCACCACCGCCUUUUUCGCGUUUGUAAAAUAUAGACUUGGAAGCGCAACACCCGGAGCCGCAGCCGCACCACGUGACCAAAUGCGGAAAUCGUCCGACUGAGGAAAGUAGAACCGGAGGCGAGAGAGUUGCUUUGAGGUCGGACUGCUGAGAUGACAAGGCUGUGACAGUGUGCGACUAAGUGUGUCUGUAUCGGACUCAUUCCUGUGAGAUGGCUACUGCAAAGAAAAGUGAGUGUUGUGCUAAGGCGGGAGGCGUGCGCUUCUCAGAGGAACCCCACGCUGCUGGAGCAUCCUCACACGUUCAUUUCGAUGAAAAGCUACAUGACUCUGUUGUCAUGGUGACUCCAGAAGAUGAUGGCAACUUCUUGGUCAAGGUCGGCUUCCUGAAGACACAGCACCGGUAUGAAAUAGUGUUCACCCUGCCUGAGAUCCCAGCUCUGGGUAAAAAUGUGUGUCCAGCGCCGCUACCCGGUCCACACCUCCGGAUCAGUGAUAUCACACCGGCACAAGAGGGAGGUCUGAAGAUAACGUGCGAGUACAUAACCCAGCACGAGGGAGUUCUGUGUGAGGAGGUGAUGCUGCUGAGCGAGACCAACGACGACGUCUGCGUCAAAGUUAAAGUUCACGCCAGAGUCAUGGAUCGUCACCAUGGUACCCCCAUGCUGCUGGAAGGCGUUCGCUGCAUCGGUCCGGAGCUCGAGUACGACUCUGAGCAGAGUGACUGGCAGGGAUUUGACUAAAUGUCAGCCUUCUGUUCCCAGUUGUUGCACACAUCCACAAACGCCUACAGAAGUUCACACACCUGCCAUCUUCACAGAUAGAAAAAGAAACAGAAACCUCCCGAGCUGACCGUCAACACACACACACACACACACACACACACACACACACACUAUUAGUGCCAUGGGCUGUGCAGCUUUUCCACCUCUCGUGUGAUUCAUCCCAGCCUCACUGCUCACUGGACCUCAGAAAUGGUUUUCAUCCUGAGACGUGAAAAACAUUCCUCAGCUGUGACCUUCACUCUGAAGGAACAUUUAAUUAAGUCCUCCUGCUUUUCUGUCUUCAACUGUUGUGCUUUCCUUGUUCAUCCUUUAGAGGGCAGCGUCUGCCUGUAAAUCAGCACAGCCUCACAACUACUUGUGCUUCAGUUUUAGUCUUUUUCUGAUGUGCAACCUGGAUUCUUAGAGUUAGGAGUAAACAAGGGCUCAUUUACGACUUAAAAAGCUUGACCAUAAAUUAAGGCUCUAAUCUGCACAAUUCAGGGAGGACCAGAGCGACUUAGGAACAUUGUUUAACAUGCAAUACCUCUGUGUGACUAUCGGGGGUGCUAAAGACCUCUGCAUGCGUUACUGCUCCAAUCUGAAGGCUAUCUUUUACCAGCUGUGCUGCAGUGUUCUCUAUUUAAAGGAAGACCUAAAUAUAAAAUGUGUCUGCAUCUUCGGUGUUCAUGUUAAACCCGUCUCAGCAGGCAUACCUAAUAUUUCUGUUGUAUUUAAACCAACCUGCCCCAACAUUUCACUUUCCCCAGUCUGCCUUUCAAAAUAAAACAUAUAGGCUUGUUUCAGUAGGUGAGGAAUGAAUUUACAGCUGCCACACUGGAGGGAGGGGAAAGUGAUGCUCUCCUGCUAGCUGGCACUGAUCUGCUGACAUAUGUCAGGAUUUUCUAAGCUGGUUUUCACUCUGUGUGAUAGGUGUGUGUACUUUAAAAGCUCCUUCUCGUUCUUUAAGAGGAGCUGACAUCAAAAUCUGACGUUUACCUCUCGUGUUUUAAGUCUCGUCUUUUUUUUUCUUCUUCUUGUUUUUGUUGUUUAUGCUGAGCUACAGAUUUUGUAGACUCGCCAGUUUUCCCCAAAUUAAAAACAAAUGUGCAACCAAAACAAGAUCGAAUCAAAUAUUCGGUGUACGUGUGCAUAGCCUGUAGUCGUUUUAAGGGUGUUAAACUGGGGUGUGAAAAUUGGCUGAUGAAUUUGUUUAAAUAUUGUUGUUAUAUUAUUAUCAAAUAAUCAUUUUUAAAACAUUUUCAUUAUUUUAUCCCAAACUCUUCCCUGGACCAACAUCUCCUGUCCAUGUGUAGACUUAACAGUUUACCCAUUUAUCAGCAGUGCUUUAACACACACUGACCACCAUCCUUUGGUAUUUAAGUCUCUGAGGGGCUUUUUCCUUUCAGCCAUUCAAGCUCCAAUCUCUUGGUUUAAUUCAUGAAGCCUUUAGGAAAAGUGCCUUUCAUCGCCACAUCCCGUUUGUCUCUUAACUCCCCGUUGUUCAUCCGUCUGCAUCCUGUCACCCGAGCAGUUUUCAGGUUUAGCCAGUGUUAGUCCGAGCCACCCAGGACUCAAACAUGUCUGGGGUCAUGAAACAGAAGCACCUAAACUUUGGAAGUUUGCAGGUUUCAAACCACCACCUCUCUGUCCCAGCGCCGUCCUCACAGUGCAGCUGCAGAUCAGAGGGAGCUCUGCUAACUUACAUUUGUGCUUAAAGAUCAAGUGCCAUGAUCCGGCUGCACUGCCGUCUCUUUAUAAUCUCCUCUGAAAGAAGUCCUAACAUCUCCUUCCUGCUGGUUCAUGUUUUUGUUGUUACUCGUUCUGUUGUUGGUUGCAUUCAGCCUUAAAGAAUUCAAUUUAGCGUGUAAUUUUUUUUUCUUCUUAUUAGACCAUGCGCUGUGGGUAUAGUAAAGAUUGGAUAGAUUAUUUUGAUGUUUGUUUGUGCACGAUAGGUCAGAGAUCCAUCUUAGUGUAAAGCUGAAGUGCUCGAUAGGUUUCAGGAAUGUAGCAGUUUAUUUGUUGCUCCCGGUAUGUUUGAUUUGUAUUUUUAAUGUUGAAAAUGAAUAAAAAAAAAAUGUAUAUGUUUGA